GUUCUGUAGUGUGUAAGCUAGCUAACCAUAUUGUUGGCUAUGUCGGGCACACUAAAGUGUGAAGAGCAGAGGAGGAGCGAGAAAGAGAGGAGGAUGGUGAUACAUGUCUCUUCAUCUCCUCAGACCAUGGCUGACUAUGGCAUAUUGGUUAAACAUUGGGGUAAAGUGGAGGCAGACUACGAUGGCCAUGGGAGCCUGUUUAUGACCCGUUUAUUCAAGAAGCACCCAAAUACCCAGAAGAUGUUCCCCAAGUUUGCUGACAUCGCCCAGGCUGACCUGGCUAGUAAUGCAGAUGUUACUGCCCUGGGUUCUGCCGUGCUUAAGAAACUGGGUGAGGUGCUGAAGGCCGGAGGCAACCACGCUACCAUCCUCAAACCUGUAGCCAAAAGCCAUGCAGAGAAGCUCAAGAUCCCAUUUGAUAAACUUGAUUUUUUGCUGAUUGAUGUGGCUGCUGAAAUCAUAAAGGAGAAGGCAGAACUCGAUGCCGAUGGGCAGCAAGCCCUGAAGGGAAUGAUGGCUGUUGUCCAUGCCGACUUUGAGGCCACCUACAAAGAGCUGGGCCUCAUCGCCUGA